CCAUUCCUUUGUCCAGUUUGAAAGAUAAGCUAGCUCGCAGUAGAUACCAUUGUUUUAUAUACAUAUGUAGUUCUUUGCUACUAAUCCACCACCAACAACAAAUUGUCAUCACCCUUACUAUGGCUUCCAACUAUAAAACAGUUCAUUUUGAUCCCAAAAACAUGCAGUUUCGCUUCCUUGGUCCUUCUGGAUUGCGAGUUUCUGCUUUUUCUUUAGGAGGUUGGUUGACUUAUGGUAAUACUGGAUAUGAUAUUGAACAUACAAAAAAGUGUCUCAAGCAAGCAUGGGAUUUGGGUAUUAAUACCUUUGAUACUGCAGAGGUUUAUAGUCAGGGAAACUCGGAAAUUGUUAUGGGAAAAGCCAUUCAAGAGCUAGGAUGGAAUCGUUCUGAAUACGUACUGAUUACAAAAGUAUACUUCGGAGCUGGUCCAAAACUCCCCAAUACCACCGGUCUUUCUAGAAAACAUAUCAUCGAAGGUGUUUAUGGUUCAUUGAAGAGACUCGAUACGGACUAUGUGGAUGUGGUAAUGGCUCAUCGUUAUGAUCCUUCCGUACCCAUGGAAGAGAUUGUCCGAGCUUUUACACAUCUCAUCCAUGAGGGUAAAACUUUCUACUGGGGUACCUCUGAAUGGAGCGCUUUUGAAAUCGAGCAUGCUCACCACAUUGCUACCAAGUACAGCUUGAUUGCCCCCAUUGCUGAUCAACCUCAAUACAACUAUGUGACUCGGGAUCAUCUUGAAAAGGAUCUACUUCCUCUUCAACAGAUCUAUGGCUACGGUUCUACUGUUUGGAGUCCAUUGAAAUUUGGCAUCCUGACUGGUAAGUACAACGAUGGAAUUCCCGAAAAUUCUCGUCUUAAUACAACUGGUAAACAGUUCGCAGCGCACGUGGAUUCACAGGAAGGAAAGACGCAAAUUCAACAAGUUCGCCAAGUUAGUAAAAUUGCAGAGAGAAUUGGUGCGACUCCUGCUCAAUUUGCCCUUGCAUGGACUUUGAAAAAUCCUCAUGUGUCUACUACUAUCUUGGGUGCUAGCAAGCCAGAGCAAAUUAUUGAGAAUGUCAAGGCCUUGGAAUUUGUCGAUAAGUUGACUCCUGAAAUCUUGAAGGAAUUGGACGAAAUUUUGAACUUUACACCUUUGGAUGUCCAAUAUCGCCAUUAGCUAUGUCGAUGGUAUAUGAACGAUUGACGAUUCAUAGUUUUUAUAUAGAAAAUUUG